AUGGCGUGUGAAGCGCUCAACUGGGUUCUGAAGAGAUACAUCAAAGAAGAGCGGCCGCGGGAAAUGCAUGGAAAGGGCUACGGAAUGCCUUCCUCGCAUGCCCAGUUCGUCUCCUUCUUCUCCGUCACCCUAGGCCUGUUUCUCCUCUUUCGGCACGUCCCACACCCGACCGAAACCCACACCCCCUUCUCUUUCGGCGGCCGCGUCCUCCUUUCGCUUCUAGCAAUGGUUUGCGCAGGAGCUGUAGCAGCAAGCAGGAUAUACUUGAGCUACCAUACACCAAAGCAAGUUGUCGUCGGAUGUGCCGCCGGAGCCCUCUUCGCUCUAGCUUGGUUCGGCUUCACAACCUUCCUGCGGAAGGCCGGCUGGAUAAACUGGGCUCUUGAGACCUGGGUCUUGAGGACGUUGCGCGUGCGAGAUCUCGUAGUACAAGAAGAUCUCGUUGAUUCUGGCUGGGCACGCUGGGAAGACCGAAGGAAACGGCAAACGUUCCAAGUCCAGGGUAAGAAAAGCAGGUGA